UUUCGCAUAUACCAUCAAGUGUUCGAUUUUUCUGGCUUCCAACAAAUCCAAUAAAUUUGAUGUCACCAAAUCCGUCACCUGAUUUUAACCUUGUAUCCGUACAUACGCAUCAUUGUGUUGUGGAUGGAAGAUUAUUACCAUUAUCAUAUCUUCGUGUUUUAUUCAAAUUAAAACGAACUGAUGCACGAUUUAUCACGGAAAAAUAUAUACUAAAUUCAUUGAUGAUGUUUAUCACUUGGAUUACACCAUUUUGUACCGUAUAA